AUGCUCAAUAUCAUAUGGAGAACAAAUGCCCCAUCCAAACAAAAACAUGCCAGAGGCCGCAUGGUAUAUGGUGUACCACUUCUUGUUUAUGUUGAUGAUGUUAGUGGGAGGAAUAAACACCAUGCUGUCUACAUGUCCAAUGGCUUGCUCCCAAGGCAGAUGAUAGAAAAGGAAAUUUGUAUGAGGUUUGUGACCUCUUCACCACAUGCAACACCUAUGGAGCUGGUGAAAGCGCUAAAAGAAAGUAUCAUGAGGGUGGCUGAACAUGGAGUUGAGACAUAUGACUGUAAAUUUGAGGAGGAGUGUCUCCUUGUACCCUAUGCACAUUUUUGGGCUGGUGAUAAUCCCAUGCAGGCAGACGAAUGUAGUUAUGCUGGGCUGCACUGCAAUUCUUUCUGUUGGGAAUGUAAAGUUGAAGGAAUACAACAAGUGAAAUGGACUGAUGAUGGAUUUAUGAAGCCAUUUGAGACUGGUGAACCUCAUACACCAGAAGCUACAGCUUCCAGUAUACAUGAACAACUGCAACUUUCAACAUUAUCAGGUACUACUGAGAAGCUGAAGAAACAUAAAGCAGCCUCUGGAGUCCAUGAUUCAAUCUGCACCAACUCUCUUGGAGCAAUUAUUGAUCUUGGUAAAGCCUUGUAUAGCAGAAAACAUUCAAGUAGUGUUGGAAAAAACAAGGAAGAUAUUCAGGCCCAGCUAGAGCAGGAAGUUAAGUGUGUUACAGAGGAACAUGGUAUUAAUCCAUUGAUUGGCAUGCCAGUGUCAAUAUGCAUCAAGAUACUCCCACAGAAAUAUUACACACCAUAUUAUUGGGUAUUGUGA